CCUCCUCCUCCUCCUCCUCCCCCCUCUCACCCCCAACGGCCAGCCAGCCGGAGAGCCCCGCAGCAGCCACUGGAGCCGCACACAUCAGCCCGUCUAUGGGACACUGAGGACUUCAUCUGGCUGCCCGGAGCCGCUGGUUUAUUCAGCGCCUUCGCAUUAUUUCAUCGCUUCGAGUUUUGUAAUUCUUCGCUUUAAGGAACUUUUUUUUUUUUUUUUUUGAAGCUCAUUUUCAUUCAGAAACUUUCACUUAUGGUUCGCGAUUAUGGGGACAAGUUGUGGUUUCUCUCGGGGAAACAUCGUGCUGCUGCUGCUGCUGCCGCUGCUGGACGGAGCGACGGGGCUGUACUUUCCUCAGAAUGAGUACAUUGAGACGGUGUAUGUUGGCCAGCUGGCAGGGACGCGGGUCCUCCAGGUCCACGCCAUGCUGGACAGCGACUCUGAGCGACCACAUUUCUACUUGUGCUGGACAAGCGCUCUCAGACGUCCUGCCUACAGCUCCUGGUUCACCCUGGACGUCAACACUGGAAUACUGUCCUUGAACAAAACCCUGGAGGAGAGUGACUUUGCCUUUCUAAAUCAACGCUCAUGGUCUGUGAAGAAGUUGUUCCUGCAUGCCGUGGUGUUACCUAAAUUCACCAAGAAGGCCCAGUGCAACAACAGAAACUCCCCUCGGAUCAUCCUGGACUUUGUGAAUGCCUCGAUGCCUCAGUGUGCUCAGACAGAUAUGAAAGAACUAUGCUUCCCACACAGAGACACCUCCAACCCCCACAUCAUGGAGAACAGGUUCCCCGGGGCCCUACGGCAACUUCGACGUCUCACCAGACUCAAUGUUUGCCCCAACUACACCAUCUCAUACAAUGUGGAAUCAGAUACCCCGGCACCAUUUGCUGUAAAUGAGAACACCACAGAGCUGGUGGUGACUGCUGCACUGGACCGGGAGGAGAGCGAACGCUACAGACUCCUGCUGGUUUGCACAGUCCGGACAGAAACGACCAUCACCAAGGUGGAAACUUCACUGGAUGUUUUUGUCAAUGAUGAAGAUGAUAACGCGCCAUAUGUGAAUGGAACGGACACAGCAAAUAUUAUCAUCAGCUUCAAUCGAACAAAGGGUGGCUCUUUUGGCUCCUUGUUGGUCUUUGACAGAGAUUUAACCCCCAUCUAUCCCAUAGACCAGAAUCACAAUAAGUAUGUGGGGACCUUGCUCAAUAGUGACCCAUGGAUAAAAGACACCUUUGACAUAAGAGGCACCUUCACUGAAAAGAAAGCUGCUGUUGGAGGCAUUCGAGAGACUGUCCAUGACUAUCAGCUUGUCCUGAAGAGGAACCUGUAUGUGACUGAGAAUGGCACCCUGCAGCUGAAGUACCGGGUGAAUGACACCACCUAUCCCGGCUCAGAGGGAACAGUGGUGCUGUACUUCAAUGUCACCAUCUUACCAGUCAACAUCCACUUCUCCAACAUCACAUAUGUUUUCACAGUGAUGCGCAGAGCGUCUUUAUAUGCACAGGUCGGCAGAGUCUGUGUGAAAAACUGCCAGCAAUUUGAUGGCAUCAGUGUCACAUACCGGCUCGAGCUGCCAGAUAGGAAUAUGUCUGCUGACGUGCUGUCCUGCUACACAGCCGUGAGCAUCACCCAGGCCCCGGAUGAGAUGUGGGGGCUGCUGUAUGUGAAUGACACGAAGGUGCUGCGCAGGCCCGAGUGCCAGGACCUGCAGUACCUUGUUGUGGCUCAGGAGGAACACACACAGUGGGAGACCAGCACGCAGAUUCACAUCAUACUAGAUGGUCAAGCAAACAAGGCCAGUCAGGAGAGCCAGCAGUUCCUGUCCUGUGCAGAAAACAGACGGCGAGGAGACUGUGAGUCUGUGCAAGGCCUGGGGGCGACAAUGGGAAGAUGCCAGUGGAGGCAAGGCAGUGUGGAAGGAAUAACUAGAAAUUACUCAACCUGCUCUCCUGACUUGCGCACAUGUCCAGAUAGCUUUUGUGAUGCGGUUGAAAGCAAAGAUGUGUUAAUAUGUCCACAAGACUGUACAAAGGUCUCGAUUAUCGGCGGUCAUGACCGAGGCUUGAGGAACGGGAUCCAGGCUGGUCAUGGAACCUGCUACUGCUACUCUGGAAAAUGCUUCUGUGAGGAGGAAACUGCUGAGGUGGAGAAAUGUGAAGACACAUGUAAGACGAUCAUCGCCACGGUUCUGCUCCUCAUCAUCAUCGUCUCCAUCCUCCUGUCUUCAUUCUUCAUCCACCGGUACCACAAGAACUCCCCUAAGCCCCCGAUUGCCUCUGCUGAGAUGACUUUCCGAAGGCCUGCUCAGGCUUACCCUAUCAGUUUCCCCGCCAACAACGUACGCCGGGGCUCGCAGGAGUCCAUUGAGACCGAUACCUUUAAAAUACCUGAGGAUCCAAAGUGGGAGUUUCCUCGUAAAAACCUUGUACUUGGCAAGACUUUAGGAGAAGGGGAGUUUGGGAAAGUUGUUAAGGCAACGGCAUUCAGGCUGAAAGGAAAAGCUGGUUACACCACUGUGGCUGUGAAAAUGCUUAAAGAAAAUGCCUCCCACAGUGAGCUGCGUGACCUGCUGUCAGAAUUCACUUUGCUGAAGCAAGUCAACCAUCCGCACGUCAUAAAGAUGUAUGGAGCCUGCAGCCAGAACGGUCCUUUGUAUCUGAUCGUGGAGUACGCCAAAUACGGCUCGCUCCGUAAUUUCCUGCGUGAGAGUCGGAAAGUUGGCCCGAGCUACAUGGGCAGGGAUGCCAACCGAAACUCCAGCUACCUGGAGAACCCAGAUGACAGGGCACUCACCAUGGGUGACCUGAUCUCCUUUGCAUGGCAGAUCUCCAGAGGCAUGCAGUACCUGGCUGAAAUGAAGCUUGUCCACAGAGACCUUGCAGCACGAAAUGUUCUCGUAGCUGAAGGACGAAAGAUGAAGAUCUCAGACUUUGGCCUUUCCAGAGACGUGUAUGAAGAGGACUCGUAUGUUAAGAGGAGCAAGGGCCGUAUACCUGUUAAAUGGAUGGCAAUAGAGUCCUUGUUUGAUCACAUUUACACAACACAAAGUGACGUCUGGUCCUUUGGUGUGCUGUUGUGGGAAAUAGUGACACUGGGAGGAAACCCAUACCCAGGUAUUGCUCCUGAACGCCUCUUUAACCUGCUCAAGACCGGCUACAGGAUGGAGAGACCAGAGAACUGCUCGGAAGAAAUGUAUAACCUCAUGCUUCGAUGCUGGAAACAAGAAUCAGACAAGAGGCCGACAUUCUCAGACAUCAGCAAAGAACUGGAGAAGAUGAUGGUGAAAAGUCGGGAUUACCUGGACCUGGCUGCGUCCACGCCAGCUGAUGCCCUGCUGUACGACGACGCCCUCUCUGAAGAGGACACACCACUAGUGGACUGUAAUAACGCCCCUCUCCCUCGAACCCUCCCCUCCACAUGGAUUGAAAACAAGCUCUAUGGUAGAAUCUCCCAUGCAUUUACUAGAUUUUAGAAAACAGGACACACAGCACAAGCUCUCUUUUUUGGCAACUUGUGAUUGGCUUUUUUCUGUAGUCAAGUGUGUGUGUGACUGUGAUCUAGGCAUGCCUUUUGCUGAUUAUUGCUGACAUAUCUCCCAUUUCAUCGUAAAUGAGAGGCUCAGUGAAAAAAAAAAAGAUCUUGUGUCUUGACUGUUUUAGUUUAUUUGGACCUGCUUCUAAUGUACAUGAAUGCCGACCCAAAAUACUGCAUUUGUAAACACUGAAUAUACCUUCCAUUCUUAUUUAUUUUGGCACUGUUCAUGCUCAUGCUUCAUCUGCAUCUUAAUUGUAGAUAGUCCAUUUUUCAUCCCAUUACAUUUCCAUUGUCAACAUUUCAUUAUUUGUUUGCAUUGGAAGAAACUGUGUGUAACAUUUGAAACAGGUCCUCGCUCAGUCAAUCACUCAGUGUUGUUUCUUAAUUCCAGAUUGUCUUAAAUCUCCUGAUUUUCUAAUGUAUAUUAGCUAUUAAGCUAUGAUGAUUUCACAAUACUGAACAGGAAACAGUAAGGCUUUUGAAAGCAGCUCUCAGGUGACAUUGGUUAAAAGUAAAGAACGUUCCAGACUAGUUAAUUGUUGCCUUUCUUCAUUUCUAAACAGUUGUAGAAAAGCACCCAUAGGUCAAGUAUAGGGCCAUGACAAACAUGAUAUGUGAUAUUUAAUUUCACGUAAAAUAUAAAUAAAAUAUACCAAAUCAAAACAUUACACCUCUGAGAGUCAACUGAGGACUUGUUUCAGUGACAGACACUGUGGAGUUUGAUUUGAGAGCCUUACUGUCUGCACGCUGUUUAUCUUUCACUGAGUGCAGAAAAAUGAUAUGUUCUCGUUUUUAGGCAUGUCAUACCCGAACUGGCCUGAGAAGAGCCCGGUACCGCUCAACAGACAUGAUGCCACUAAUCCAGUCUUUACAAGAUAUGCCAAUGAUAGUGUUUAUGCAAACUGGAUGGCUUUGCCCUCACUCGCAAAAGCUGUGGACAAGCUUGAUAGCUAAAGACAAGCCAACAAUGUAGAAAAGAUGAGUAAUUGGUAGAUGUGUAUAUUUCUAAAAGGACUGUACAUAUACAAUCUGAUGCUAAAGUUGGUUCCCUUUUAUUUCUGUUCCACGGGUGUUCAAUGGGGUCUUUUUUUGCUGCAAAAGCAGCUGGAUCACUACAGACCAAGCUUCAUUCAGCUCUUCAGUAUGUUAAUUAUUACCUCACGGGUCAUGUUGGCCAAGUUGAACCACUGCAUGACUAUUGUACCAGAUUGUAUGCCAGUGUCAAUGUCUUUUAAGUGCCUGUGCUGCUUCCACAAUAGCCUCAAUUUAUUAAUGUGCGACUGUGAAGCUCUUGUUCCAGCCCAGGAAUUAAAGGGGACGUCUUUACUAUCACCUGUUGUAGACAGCUGAGAUUGAGAGGACAAAUGCUGAACUCGUUCUGAAAAUGUAAAGUUUCUACUUUAGAGGAUUGUGCUUCUCAAAUUGUCAAAGACCCAUUUUGUGUUUCUCCCACAAGAUGUUUCUAAACUGUUCUUGCCAAAGAAAAGUAACGCAGACAUGUUCAGUGAACAGUUCUCUUGCCUUUGUUCUUGCUUUCUUUUUGUUUCUGUUUUUUUAUGUAUAAAAUAUCAGCUAGUGAGUGCAACUCCAGUGUAAAGGACAUGAGACGUCAUGUAGAUUGUGACCAUGUCCCAUGUCAGACCACAGUUCACGUUUUGAUUCACUGUAAUGGCAAUCUUUGUGGAAAAAGUAUGAUUAUGUAAACUAAUGAGUGCUAUCAUUGUUAAGUUGUUAUUAUUUGAUUAUGUUCCAAUUAAUAAUAAACAUUGAAAAUGU